AGAAUAUAUAAACUGCUAAAUACCUUUUCUCAUCAGCAGUUAGAGAAGUCUUGUGAUUUCUAUCAGUGUUCAGGCCGAGCACUAGCUAAAGCUUGUAGGAGGAGUUUUCUUUCUGCUCUAGGAGGAUGCAGAACCCCUGACCUCUGUCUGACCAGUGCUGAUUGGCCCUUUGCUGAUCACAUGCACUCUCCCAAGAAAAAAAAAAAAACUCUCUAGCGAUACCAAACCGAGCAUGUGCAAAAUGCCUACAGUUCAGUCUGUCUUAUCAGGAGAUAAGCGUGAAGGGGUUAAACAAGGGGAGGAAACAGAGCAAUCAGGAUCAAACA